AUGUUGCACGCUAGAGUUCCAAGCAGUUCGAGAGACCGACAACCCAUCAGGCAAAUAAAAUGCCCCUUUUGCGGAAGUCAUUCCACGGAAAGAAAGGGAUCACGAAAUGAUAAGAUCACAUUACUGUUCCGGACUUUCAUAUUCAGUAGCGAUAUAUCAUUUGCGAUGAUUCACGCAGGACUGACGUAUCAAUAUUAUCAUUCGAGAUAUCUCAGAGUAGAUAAAAGUAGACGAAAUGAAAUUUGUAAAGGAACUAUGGAUUUGUUUAGCAUUGUCGCUUCAGAAGGUGAUCGUUAUCGUAGGACAUACUUUGAAAACGAAAUUAAAACUAUUGAAAAUAAAUGUAAUCUUCUACUUAAUACGAGAACUUAUGAGAAAUUACUUGCGAGCGAAUAUUUAUUUCCGAACAAAAGGGAAGUAGUUUUUGAUAUUGGUGAAGAGUCCAUUCAUAAGUCCACAUGUACUGUCGUUAAUACUGUCGAUUGUUGGUUGACCUUUUGCAUAUUCCAUAUGUCACAAAUUCAAGCUCAUAGGGCAGGCAGAAUUAGGCAAUUAUAUAAGAAUAACUCUGAAAUGAAGUAG